ACCCUCAACGCCGCGCUCUGCUCCCCCCAGGGCGCCGGCGCCUGGACCUUCGCCAUGGACACAUCCGAGGUCUCCGUCCCCACCUUCUCCUCCGAGGCCCCCUUCGGCGGCCUCGCCUCCGCCAACUCCUUCCUCAUCUUCGACAACGCCUGCACCUUGCGCGGGGUCUACUCCCCCGACGACGAGGGCAACGACUGCGGGAUCCCGUAUUUUAUCGAGGAGAACUUCCUGCCGUACGUGCUGACGGUUGACCGCGUGGAUUUCGACCCGGCGGGAGGGUACUUUCGGUUCAGGUAUGCGAAUGGGCUGUACUCGAUUGGGAACAACCACUGUGUCUGUAGGGAUAUCUCGAGUGGGCUUGAGGCGGAGAGCGCGUGUCGGUGUGCGUUUGCGGUUAAUGGGGAGCCGGCUUAGGGGGGGGGAGGUAGAGUGAAGGGGGUGCUGUGAGGUGGAU